AUAAUUUCCUAACGGUACACGAGGGAGAAAAAUAUGACUCGGUAGACCGAUUGCAUAUUAUUGCGCAUGCGUAUCAUCAAUAACUAACGCCGGAUAUUCAUGUCAAAUUAUCAUCAGUGCAAGAAAUUGUACUUAAUGUCAUGUCCUGGAAUGAAUGUGGUCGUACAAAAAAAGAGCACCUUAUUUGAAGGUUAAUAGCGAAAUCACGCAUGUAUCAACAUUAGAUGAAACAACAGGACGCGUACCGUUUGUUGCACUGAAUUACACUGGACUGGCCACACUGACAGAGUAGUAAUAGUAUGGCCAUGCCUCACCGUUCACAGCGACAACAUUGUUACCUGUGCGAUCUGCCACGAACUCCAUGGGCAAUGCUACAUGAUUUUUCCGAGGCUGUCUGUCGAGGUUGUGUCAACUACGAGGGACCGGACAGAAUUGAAAUGGUGAUUGAUGCUGCACGCCAAAUGAAACGGUCUCACGGAGUUCAGGAAAUGUAUCCCAAAUAUUUGGGUUCAGUGAGUGCAGUGUAUGGAACUAGAGUAGGGACAAGUGCUAGUGGCAGUAGUACGAGUGGUACACCAGGCCCUGGAGGACCAAUUAAUUCUUCUGAGAAUAAUUAUAACAUGGAUCCUCCUUCACUUAGAAUACAUCAAGGACAUGUACCAACAUCACCCGAGAGAUAUUCAGUACAUGAUUUAAGACAAGUUAGAAAUAUGACAGAAAUUCCUGGCAGUGCAGUUCGUCUGGCAAAUGGCUCCAUGAGCCACAACAUACAUGAUCAUCAUAUGUCUGAAAUACAUCGUGUCAACACAGUGGUGCCCCGUAAUACAGGAAUGGCCAUUCAUUCAAUAAGAACUGGACAAGUACCAUCCCUCCCAGUAAGAGGUAUUAUGGCAUCGCAUGCUCUAAUGUCAAAAAGAGUUGAAUCUGAAGAAGAUGAAAGUUCUGGACAUUCAAACACAGAAGACGGUGGAGUAGGUAGUUCCAAAAACAGCAGUGGGGAAGAUCAGAGCAUGGCAAGACCGGUAAUAGUGAAAGAAACAAUAGGGGUAUUAAUGUCUUGUGCUCCCUUUAAAGUUCGAUUUAAGAAAGAACAUACCUUAACCGGAAGAGUUUUUGCAUUUGAUGCGUGUGCCAAACCUGGCUUUAAUCAUGAAAUGAAAAUUUUUAUUGAAUACCCCCUUGGUUCUAGCAGUAUUUACAGCAGUGCAUAUGGUGUGGUAAAACAGAUGUAUCAAGACAGUAUGAAAGAUUUCGGAAAAACUUUGUCAUCAGGAUUGAAAUAUUUAGAAUAUGAGAUGAAGCCUGGAGGAGGUGACUGGAGGUUAUUGGCCGAAUUGUUUACAGAAGGUCUGCGCAACUUUAAAGAAAUGCCUAAGAGAGAAAUGCUACCGGCACCGUAUCACGACAACAGUCUACCACCAUUGCCAAGUCUAUCAGCUUUGGCUAGAAUAUCUGUUCCAAUGAUACAAAGCAGUAAAUCUGAUGGAUUGUCUCGUAAAAGGAAAGCUUCUCCAGGGAUGGAUGGGGAUGGAAGUUCAAAGUUAAAGGAUGAUCAUAAACGCCACAUGUGGUUGGCAACAUCAAGUGAGGAUCAAAAGUAUAAUGCAACAACUGUUGCAUAUAGUUCUGGCAUUUCGAGUUCCACAUCAGUAUCACCGAAUGGUCACAUGCCCACUUCUCCAGAUACUGGCAUACCUCCUAAUGGUUCAUCUCCAAUGGCAGCCUUAAUGACUGUUACAAGGAAUUUAACUAAGAGCAAUUCUUCUGGUAGUAACAGCGAUGGACAUAAUUCAUUACAGUCAGCUCAAAACAGUGGACAAUCACAUGUGCACUCAUUGCCCACAAUGGGGCCUGUAUCGGAUGCAGGCAUUGGCAGUACCAUGCCUGAGUCUACAGUGUCAAACCUUGAUGCAUUGCGCUGUACAUUAUGUGAAGAAAGACUAGAAGAUACACAUUUUGUUCAGUGUCCAUCAGUCAUUGAGCACAAAUUCUGUUUCCCAUGCUCUAAAGACAGUAUAAAACGUCAAGGUGCUGGGGCAGAGGUUUAUUGUCCUAGCAAUAAAAAAUGUCCAUUGGCAGGCUCCAAUGUCCCCUGGGCCUUUAUGCCUGGUGAAAUUGUUACAAUUCUAGGUGAAAAUUAUGGGGAGGUAAAAGUUAAAAAAGAACAUGAUGCCAUUGAUGGUUGAAAAUAUUCUUUAGAACAUGGAUGUUAAUACAAUAUGAACAAGUUCAUGGUUACCAACCCAUAACCAGAUACAGUGCAUUGUGAUAUCGGUAAAAUACAUGUUUAACGUUAGAUGGUGAUGUACAACACAAGUUAUAGUAAACUCUAUAUGUAAAUGUACAUGAAUACACAGCUAAAAUGGUAAAGAAUGAAAGGAAAUGUAUUUUACUUGCUAUAAGUUUACAUACAUAUGUAUUUCUGUAAAUAUUUUUUUCAGUUGAAUGUUCAAUCAACAUUCAAUGAUUUAUUAUUAUAAUUUCAUACAUUGUACUACUAUUGUAGAAUAACUAAAUAUUAUAAGAUUAAGCUUUAAAAGGUCAUACACGACAUAUACUUUUCAUAGCAAACUGUAAUCCUCCUUUAUCCACUCUAAGGUACAUGUGUAAACUUUAAUCUGCAUGUUUACAAGUUACUAAUAUUCUUUUAUUUUAAUUUUGAUAGAAUUUUAGAAUUCAAUCGUCCUGGGUUUUGGAGGUUUUUUUUCCUUUUCAUAACUUGUUUCUAAAAUCUAAAAAUAUUGUGGUGAAUGCUACAUGAUUCAACUUUUAGAAAAUUGCUAGGUACAGUACAUGUAUGUUGAAGCAUUACCAAAAAAUGUAAGAAUGAAUGCUUAUGGAGUGAAUCAAUCAAAAUUUAUUCCAUUUGUCAUUGUUCAUAACUGUAAAUUGUGUGCAUAUAGUUACUCUUUCUGUUCUUGACAGUAGCCCGUCUUCAUUAGCCCAGUCAGUGCAUAACAAACAGUAGGGUCUUAUUCUCCAUUUCAUUUCUUGACAAUGGAGUCCUGAACACAUUUGAAUUUUUUCUAAAAGUUGAUUCAAGUAGCUGUCAUGUUUAUCAUAUAUUGACCAUCUUCUUUACAGCAAAGAUGUAGCAGUACACUUUAGUUUGCAUCCCAUUAUGUGUGCCAAAUAUGCACCCCAACACACACUUGUUGUUUAUUUAGGCCUACAAUGUUUCUAUUAAGCCAUUUGAAGGUUUAUAACAGAGAUUAAUCACGCCAGGGCAGAUUCUAAUAACAUCACUACAUUGUAGGUCAGCAUAUAUGUAGAUUAGACUAGUUAAACAUUGGUCAGAAAACAUAUUUAGCUUGACGGAGUGCAGGUUAUGAGAAAUCGAUCUGUGACAAAUAAUCCUUGGUGUGUGUUGCCCCUAAUGAAUUUAAAUUUAAAAGAAUUUUUCCAAAAUCAAAUCCAAAAUGUGGCACUAUACAUAUUCAAUCAAUCUCUGGGGUCUUCAGGUGGCCGUCAAAUGUCUGCCAAUAAGAUAUGAUAAAUACAAAUGAUAUUGAAUUGUAUGAAUAAGCUUAUAGUUUGUUUGUACAUAAAUAAAUGAGUAAUUUUAUUUGGUUGUAUUUUGCACUAUUUUGUAGGCUAGGAUGUUACAUGUACAUGUAUAGUACAGUAUUAUUAGUGCAUGUAUACAUGUAUGUACAGGUUAAGUUUAACAAGGUUUCUAUUUAUUAAUUACAUUGUUACAUUGUACUUUUUAAGAAUCUUUAUAUUUUUUCAUGUCAAAGCCUAUCUUUGCUUUAAACAAUAUCUUUAAAGUUUAAUAGAAAUACCAAAUAUUUUUUUUUUUAAUUUGUAUUAUGGGUAAAUAGAGGUGCAUAUAUAUACUGGUAAUUUAUAAACCAAAGAUCAGAAACCUUAUAAGAUUAUUUAUUAGGAAACUAAAAAUAUAACACUCGUUUAAACAGGGGGUCCAAUAUUAAAUUGCAAAAGUGCAUAUCUUAGUAUAUUUUCGUUUUAAAUUGAUAACUAAAGUGUAUGUUAUAUAUUGUUAACAAUCUUUGUCUUUGAAAGGUAAAUAUUAUUUAUCUACUCUGUUAAACUUUGGUGCAUGUAUUUGAUUGACUAAAAAAAGGAAGGUUUAAGUAUGCAGAACAAAUGCCAAAAUGUGAUGAAAUUUUCAAUUCAUCAAAUCUUUGUAAUUAUUGAAUGGAAUUGAGAAAUUUUUAGACUGAUAUUUCUCACUAUUUCUAAUAACGUUCAGAGACUUUAACGGAUAAUGUAACUCAUAAUUUGAGGAAUUUCAUUGUUAUUUGUAGGAUAUAGUAUUUCUUCACAAAAGUAACACAGCUUCAGUCUUCAGAUGAUUUCACAGGACUAGAUUAAUGCUUUCUCAGAACGUGACACUGCUCCUUUUAUAAAUUUUAAUGUAUUUCUUUGAUUUCUUAUAGUUUAAGUAUGACUAGGAGGCAGAAGGCAUACUUUUUUGUUGAGUUUGAUUUAUAUUUGUUUUGUUUUUUUAGCUUGCGCACAAUUUACUGUCUGUUCCAGGAGAUACAUGUACUUGCCAUUUCUUCAAUUUUUAAUUAAAAUGUCUAAAACUUAGUUACAUAAGUGGAAUUAUCAUCUCUUUGCUUUCUGAAUGGGAACUAAUUUCAGAUCAAGCUAUGUAACCUUUCUCCAAUGAAAAAUCAUUGUUUGUUUACAUUGUGGUACUGAAGAUCAGCCAUGUUUGACCUAGUUCUUCCUUAUCAGUUAUGUGAAACUGUAAGUUAAGAUAUUAUGCAAAAUUUACACUUUAUCCCAAAUGUUACCCUGUCAAUAAGUGUUAUGUGGGGAACAUUUUGGUAGCAAUGCAUUACUAUGAAUAUCUAUGAUCCAAUGAACUGCGAGGAAUAUUAAAAUGCAGGUAACCCCAAAAGAUAUUGCUGUUGUAAGAAUGCAUGUAUUUAAUGCAUGUUAAAAAUAGACGCGAAAUGACCAUUUAUCAAGACAUAUUGACGUGGUACAAUGAGCAGUUUCUGCGAAAUAAGCAAAGUGGAAACAGAACAAAAAAUAAUAAUAUUAAUCUGAACAAAAACAAUAGUGUUUCACACAAGCUUCACAGUGUGAAACCCUAAUAAGUAUUUCUGCUGUAAAACAAUUGGGUGAAUUUUCCUUCAUUACAUAGUUACAGUGUAUAACCGAAUGCACCAGAUUUAUAGAUCCCUGCCUACCCUUUAUGCGAUAUGCAAGUGUCCCAUUUUACGCAGACGCAGUCGUAAUGUUUAUGUUCUGAGAAUGGGACAAUGUUGAAACAUGUAAAAUUUAUAGGAGAAUAAUGGAUUUUGUUGAACUUCUACGUGGUAAGGCUCAACGAAGAAAGCAAGGGGUUGGCAAUUCCAGGUGUGUCACUAAGUUUUUGCCAUUUAAAUUAAAAAUUGAAGAAAUGACAAGCAAUUUUUGAGUCAUAGUAUCACCUGGAAUAGAAAGUAAUUAUGUUACUGCUGACCUACAUUUUCAUUAUGUGGACGAACUGGAUUCGUCUGAAUAAGCACAACCCUGUUCCUUAAUUUCAGUGAAAUUUUCCAUUUAAAGGAUCCAAGUAUCACCCACAAUCUUCAACAUUGGAAACACAACUUAUUGGUCAAUUUAAAUCAUAAUUGAUGUUGUCUUAUCGGAAAAGAUGGGCUUUCGAGUGCCAUUAGUUAUGAAGCGACUCUAUGAACGAGGCUAAACUUACCCCACAGGGGAAUACUACUAAUGUAGACUGGAACAACCAGACGUCCAAAAAUGUCAUUUAAUUUGGACUUUUCGCUUAUUUCACUGAACUUAACUGAUUAGAAAUUACAGUAAAAAACAGAAACGAUUAAAUGUAAAUCAGUUUAUAUACAUUUAUAAUGCAUUAUUAUAUGCGUUUCAAACCAUUUGUGUCCAUUUCUAGGUGCCAAAGAAUUGCGAUUUAACUCCUUUAAACAUACAUUAUGCAAGAGCUAAAUCUGUCUAUUGCAGGUCUUUCUUUAGGCCUGAAAUGUUAUCUAAAUUAUUAAUUAGACAUUAAUUAACCUAUCCAGACCAUAAUCAAUUCUAGAUGGCAUUGCUAGCCAGCGAUCUUUAGUGGAUUGUAAGCCGAUUUACUGCAUAACCUUCCUUCACGAUUUAACAAUUAAAUGGAUAAUCGAGACUAUGCUGUGAUCGUACUGACUUUAGUAAUGAUCGAGCCUCGGCGGAAAUUUCAAUCGCUUAGUUCUUGGUUCAUAGUGGAUCAAUUUGAAUGAAAUUUUCAGAAAAUUGCCUUUACAUUAUCUAGUUUUUAGCUAUUAUAUGAGAACUGCCAACUCGUUAUCGAAUCUCCCAUAAUGUAUCUUUAAGUAAGAUUAAAUCUUAGUAUUACUAUUCUCUGCUUACUGUUUAAAGUACAGUGGCUAAACGACUUCGACUUAUUGAAUCGGAUAGAUGGAAUGAAUUAUUUUGAUAAGUAAUGUGACUCACAAGAAUACAUAUUCCAAAAGCAAUGGUAACAAGCAAUAUCAGCUCAUUAAUUAUUCAAGGUUUAUUAGAAUAAUCCUAAUGGCUGAUACUGUUUAUUGUACCUCAAAGUUGAUUUAGAAACCAGGCCAUACACAGGAGAAGAUAAUUGAUAAUAAACAAACACCAUAUUACCAUUAAAAGUGUAGUAGUGAUUAAAUGAGCUGAUAAUGCUUGUAACCAUUGCUUCAGAAAUAUGAUAACAACAGCUAAUAACCUCUGGUCUAUUAUUGUUUCAAGUUACCAAUUUUCACCAUUCAAACAAUGGAUUGACACAGAUAAUUUUGUUGAAUACAAUAUAUCAAUCAUUGAGUGUUGUUCAUAUUUAUUAUUAUAUGUAAUUGACAUUUAAAAUUAUAGACAACAGUUUGUAUGAUUAGAUCUUGGCAAAUAAAUUGUUUUGUUGUUAUGAAUAUUG